GCCAGGAUCCAUUCUGCCCGACAUCAUCAACGGCGAUAUUUUUUUGCCCUUUUAAAAGAGUGGUGGUUGAAGGGUCCUCGGAGCAACAGAGCCAGCCCUCCCUAGCUGCUUCCGACAUUCCAAUUUGCUUGGCUGCCAUACACGAACAGUGACUGAUAGCGAUGGCGACGGCGACGGCGACGGAGACGGAGACGAUAACUUACGAGGAGGUCCGCCGUAGGAAGCUGGAAGAGAACAAGAAAAAGCUGGAGGAGCUUAAGCUCGGACACCUCACCAUUGCCCUACGUGAAGCUGUUUCACCCAAGACCUCUCCAGCGAAGCCGUUAAAAAGAAAGGCCCAGUCGCUUCCGGGAGAAAUUGUGAUUCGCAGGCGCUCCAGUCGAAUAGCUAAUUUGCCUGAGCAUAGCUAUAAAGAGGAACCUUCUUUUGAGAUUAUAGUAAGGCCUCGCAGAAUAUUUAAGAGAGCGGGUCUGGAAAACCGAGUGUAUGCUUCUGAUGAAGCACGGGACUAUGCAACAGAGAAGGCUGAAGAGCUUCAGUCACAGCUGGAUCCGAAGUAUCCUAGCUUUGUCAAGCCAAUGCUGAUAUCUCAUGUUACGGGAGGCUUUUGGCUGGGGCUUUCUAAGAGUUUUUGCUCCUCUCAUCUGCCCCAUCGUGAUACCUGGUUUACUUUAAUAGAUGAACACGACGAUGAAUCAGAAACUCUUUAUCUAGCUCCAAAGAAUGGUUUAAGUGCUGGUUGGAGGGGCUUUGCUAUAGCUCAUGAGUUGGUCGAUGGAGAUGCUCUAGUAUUCCAUUUAAUAAAAUCUACAGCAUUUAAGGUCUACAUAAUUAGAUGCAGUGGCUACUAUAGCAGUUGAUGCAGCUUCAUCAGCAUCAGGAGCAAUAGUUCUAGCAACCAUUCUCUUCAACUGGUGUUCUUCAGACUUGUUCUACUGCGAGAAGGAAAACUACCGCAAUGUGCAAGGAAACUAUCAUCUUUGGCAAAUGCAUGCAGAAUUAGUAAAAUUUUCCCUUUAUCUUCCUAAUAUAUAGAUGAAUUUCCAUGGUAGGUUUUUGUUUAGAGACUAUAGAAGUACUAGCUGUAUGUGAGAUCAACCACUACUCGUUACCUGAGCUGGAAAAACAUUUGAUCUCAAACCUAACAACUAUAAACCACCAAUCCUGUCUUAUGUUGUAAGAUCUACUGAUGUUUGUCCAACGAUCUUGGAAUGUGUUGCCAAAUUUCUGCAUCGAAUUUUGUCUAUAUUAUUAUUAUUAUUAUUAUUUUGCAUCGGCAAAGAGUUUUUUU